AUUUGCCAUGUAAUUUUGGUGUGAAAAUGGUUGAGGCAAGUGUAUGCACUGUUGAAACCGGUGUGUCUGUUUUGCUUGUUUGCUGGUGAGCUGUUGCUUGUUGCCUGGAACAAGAAAGACAGACAGAAGCUCUUGCUGUAUCGUUGUGCUCUGUGCGCUUGUUGCAUUGAACCCUGGACAUUGCAGCAGCAGCGGCACUGUGGUUGUUGCCUGUAUUACAACAAGACACCAAAUCAAAACAGACAAGAGUGCUCAGUCAAGCCUCUCUACAGAGUUAGCUAGAGUUAGCCCAGCCUCAUAUUUCAUUGCGAGAGAGAUAGAGCCACACUGAGCUUUUGUUACUCCAACCCCAUUCGCCAUAUCCAUUCCAUUACACUACUUACUACUAGCUAUAAGACAAGAUGGACCGCGAGAACGACACCAUCACGCAUGCUUCCUCGUCGGCCAACGCGGAGGAAGGACCGCUCCGUCGCCUCGGUGAUUACACUGAUUCCGAAGAUGACGAUGAUGAAUCCUCCGUGCCUUUUGGCGGUGCUCAAGGAGGAGGAGAAGAUACGACUGUGGAUGAUACGACCGUGCCCUUUCAAGAACCACCACCAGCCGCACGUCCCUCCUUGAGCGAUCACUUUGGCAAUAGUCACAGCAAUAACAACAACAACGCAGAAGAAGAAGAAAAGGACGAAAAGUCUCAUUUCUCGUAUUCCACCAUUCAAACGACGCAGACCAUGGCGCAAAAGGAGAGUACAAGUGGCGGUGUCUUGAUGGUCGAUGGACGAACGCCGGAACAAGCCGCCAAAGAUGCCGAAGCAUUGAUGGAAACAACGGAAGAAGAUGGACAAGAGACGGAUCAACCGCAUGCUGCUGCCACCAUGACGGCCAUUGCUAGUGAUGAUGAUGAUGAUUCUUCGGACAAAGAACAAGUGGCGAAUGAAACCAAGCCAGUGGCGCGCACAUAUGCUCCUGACGAUUUGGGAUUUGAAUACGACGAUGAAGAGGAUGAAGAGAGCGAGACGGAAGAAGACUACUAUCAACAAACGCAAGCCGCCAAAACCAAAACAGGCGUUACCAAGGCAAAGGCACCUGUUGACAAUGACGACUAUGACAGUGAAGAAGACGACGAAAGUGAAUUGGAAGAAGAUUACGAAGUCCCCAUUGACGACGGCAAUGAGGAUGACGAUGCUCCCGCACCCGCUACUUGGAAUUUCAUGGCCGGCUUUACAAGGGGCGAAGAGAGUUCCGACGAUGGCACCGACGACGAUCUGGCGGCAGCACGACCCGAAUUUGAUGCCUUUGGCAAUCGCUACGAUACCGACGAUGAUCUUCACACGGACGACGACGAUGACGCCUCGUCGCAAGACUCGAAUGACAAUUACGAACGCUCAUCGGAUGGCAGUUCGGCCUUUUUGGACGAACAGCAAUUGGCCCAACAACAGCAACAGACGAUUCUACGAGAGCGACAACAACGCAAACAACAAGCGGAAGAAGAUGAAGAAGCGAUAUUGUAUUAUCAAUCGCGCGCCGCGUGUUUGUGUUAUUGUAUACUGGCGUUGGUGGUGGUCUUUACGACCACGAUUCUGUGCCUCUACUUUCUCGUUUGGAAAGACAAUUCGGGUGGCAAUCUCAUUGUCGUGGGAGAAGUGGACAGUUCCGAACGCUAUCCACUUCGUCAUUUGCCACAGUAUACCCAGACGGCCAUUGAAACCAAUCCGGCAUCUUCGCAAGCAUUGGCGUAUACGUGGAUCUUGAAUGAUGAUGUUGCGGCGGAACAAGACAAUUAUACGGCCGGACAACAAGACAAUCGGUACGCACUCGCGACGCUCUACUUUGCCAUGGGUGGGGCCGCGUGGACCGAUAACAGCAAUUGGUUGAAGCAUCAUACCGAAUGUGUUUGGGCGGGAUACAAUUGUGGAUCUAAUCGGACGCAAGAAAAACAGUGGGCCCGCGAACAAGGAUUGACAUCCAAUGGAGGUGGUGGUGGUGGUGGUGCCACCACUACUGGCGUGGCCUUUCCCACGUCCAACACGGCCACAUUGGAUAACUCCAAUGCUGCUCCUACUGGCGGCGCAAGCACUACUGGCGGUAGCACCGGCGGUGACGUUGGUGGAGGAAGCAGCGGUGGCAUUGUCGGUGGGCUCUCCUUGAACAAGAAUGCUGGAGGAGGACGCAACCUUCGGGGACUCAUUAAUCUGAUUCCCGAUGGAAGCAGUACCAUGCCUCCCACGCCGGCUCCCAAGAGUUCCUCGUCUCAAGGUGGCGGUACCGGUGCGUCCAACUUUAUCUCUACUCCAGCGCCUGCGCCUACGGCAUCCCAGGGUGCUUCGAACUUUAUUGCGACUCCACCACCCGAGACGACGACGACUGGUGCGUCCAACUUUAUCGCGACGCCGUCUCCCGAUGGCACAGUCAACCCCGCGAUUGUUCAAACGGAUGCUCCUGUUGUCGCCCAAGAGCAAGAAGAAGAAGCACCGGCACUCCAAGACUUGUUGCGCGAAGAAGAUCCCGUCUUGACCGUUCAAGAAGGUGAUGAAAGUCUCGUCUUGAAUGACAAUGGACUCCUCGGCACUAUUCCACCCGAAAUUGCCAUGAUGACCAAUUCCUUGUUCCUCCUCAGUUUCAAUAACAAUCCAGGACUGACCGGGACUAUUCCGACCGAAAUGGCCACCAUGAAGGGAUUGACCAAGAUUCAAAUUUCCCGCAACAGUAUUCGCGGCAAGAUUCCUACCGAACUCACGAAAUUGGCCAAGCAACUCGAUGCCAUUUAUUUGCAUCGCAAUGCAUUGACAGGAAGGGUGCCCUCCGAGUUUGCCGUCAUGAGUCAAUUGACAUCGUUGUGGUUGCAUGGCAAUCAAUUGACGGGAAGUAUUCCGCCGGAACUGUUUGCCUUGGCAUCGACCGAAGAGAAUCCUCAAUUGCAAGAUUUGGAAGAGCUCUAUUUGGAUCACAAUCGAUUGACGGGAACCAUCCCCAAUCCGGCAUUUUACGAGCGCGAGGGAGAAGAAGAGUCGUCCAACAGCAUGACGCUGUUUUCGGCGGCCGUGGCCGAGUCGCGACAGGCACUCAAUGGCGUGCGUCGAUUGUAUUUGGACAAUAAUGCUCUCAGUGGACCCAUUCCUACCACGCUUGGAUUGUACCUUCGGCUGGAGACGUUGACGCUCCACAACAAUAGUCUCACCGGACGCAUGCCCGAUGAGAUUUGUGGAUUGUUUGAAAUUGGGGCCCUCAAGAAGUUGACCAUUGACUGUCACAAGGUGGACUGUGACUGUCAGUGCGAAUGUGUGACGGAAGAAAUCGUCCCCGUUGACACAAGACCCUUUUACGAUACCAGCAAGCCCGAUGCUCCUCCCAGUGGUCCCGUCUUUGACUCGCUGCCACUCGAGUCACAGCAAGCUAUCCAAAACGAUGAUGCCUCUCCUCAAGCCAUGGCAUGGAAUUGGUUGUACAAUCAUCCCAACGCGGGUGAUUUCACGUCCUCUUCCAACACGGCCAUUACUCAGCGAAGUGGUGGUCUUCGUCGGGCGUUGGACAAGCAACAUGCACAGCAUGAGCGUGCUCUGUUGAAUGCUUUGGAACGAGAGCAACAAAAGUUUGCUCUCGUCACCUUGUUCUUUGCGACUGGUGGUGAGAGUAACUGGGAGCGCAACCGCAACUGGUUGUCCUAUGAAGUGCACGAAUGCGAGUGGUGGUCGCGAUUCGCUUCCACCUGCGACGAAGAUGAUGCCUAUCUUUCCUUGAACUUGCGUGAGAAUGCUCUUGCUGGUCCGUUGCCCAUGGAAAUUUCGCUCUUGACCAACUUGGGAUGGGUGGAGCUCGAAGACAAUGUGGACAUGACGGGAACCAUCCCGUCUGCUAUUAGUGAAUUGACCAAUCUGUAUUUCAUGUCCCUCAUGAAUGCCAGUCUCUCCGGUCCCAUUCCCAGCACUAUUGGACAGCUGACUGGAUUGAAGGAUUUGUUCCUCGAGACCAACAAGUUGUCGGGAUCCAUUCCACCCGAGCUCUUCAACUUGGCUCAUGCUCUUCAAGUCUCGUUGGCUAACAACACGUUGACCGGCUCCAUCCCAACAGAGCUUGGACUUUUGAGCAAUGUGACUAAAUUGUAUCUGAAUGGAAACAAGCUAACUGGAACGCUACCGACAUCUGUUGGUCUCUUGUCCAACUUGGAGGUUCUCUGGUUGUACGAUAACGAGAUGAGCGGAAGCGUUCCCUUCCAAAUCUGCCAGAUGCUUCAAGAUGGAAACCUCAAGAAGAUCAACAUUGACUGUGACAAGAUGGAGUGCACCUGUGGAUGUGACUGCGGUGCUGACCCUGUGGAUGAAAUCCCUCCCCGCGGCGCACCCUCGUUUUCUGUGGAAGCUCCGUCCAACGAGGCCAACGUGCAGACCUUUGAUGAGUUUCAGACACAGAGUUUGCCUUCCUUCUCCAGGUCUGCGGGUCUCAACUCUCCUCAAGCCCAGGCUCUCUUUUGGUUGGGCGCCGAUCCUAACUUUGAUGAGCACACCAUUAACCAACGGUUGCAACGUUUUGCUUUGGCAUCCUUGUACUAUUCCACAAGCGGUGAGCGCUGGAACAAUAACGAACACUGGUUGUCCUAUGAGGUGGAUGUCUGUGAUUGGGCAUCGUCGCUAGUGGAUGAUAAUGUCUGCAAUGAUGCUGGCAUGUACACCACUUUGCAUCUGUCUGAGAACUCUCUGUAUGGGCAGCUUCCAGAGGAGAUUGGUGUGUUGGUGACUCUUAGUGAGAUUGACUUGAGUGGUAAUGCUCUUCAAGGUGACCUUCCCUCCACCAUUGGGUUGCUCACAAACCUCCUGUACCUGGAGCUGGAUGGCAGUGAAUUACAAGGGGAGCUCCCAACUGAGAUGGGUAACUUGAUCAACAUGGUCAACUUCUAUGCCCACAACAAUGACCUCGGUGGAAGCAUUCCUGAAGUGAUUGGUUCCUGGACAAAGGCUCAACGUGUGUGGUUGAAUUCCAAUGAGUUCUCUGGUGAGCUCCCCUCGGCGGUUGGACUCAUGACCAACCUGAAGAUGUUCAAGGCCGGUAACAACUUGUUGGAAGGGGAGAUCCCAAGCGAAUUCGGAUUGCUAGACACCCUUCGUGCCUUGGAAUUGGGAAGCAACUCUUUCGAAGGCUCAAUUCCUGACUCGAUCAUGAGUUUGUCUGGUCUUGAAGUUUUGGAUGUGUCUAACAACCAGCUGACUGGCCUCUUGGAGUUUGAUGGAUUGACCGGAAUCAAGGAUUUGCUGCUUGCCAACAACAACCUCACUGGUGCCUUGGGCGCAGGAAUCGGUGGCAUGCUCAUGGCCGACAUGAUCGAUUUGAGCAAUAACAAGUUCAACUCGAGCCUUCCCGAGGAGGUGGGACAGCUUCGUGGCUUGUCAACUUUCAUCAUCUCGUCCAACUCCUUCUUUGGAACCUUGCCUUCGGAAAUCGGCGCUCUCCAAGGACUCAGUGUCUUCGAUGUUUCCAACAACCAAUUUGUCGGUGCAAUUCCUGAAGAGUUUUGGGAUUUGACUGGUGCUCGCAAGAUUGAUCUGUCCUCCAACCAGUUCACUGGAGAACUCCCCACGGCUAUUGGCGACCUUGGUGCAGCGGAGCUCAAUCUGAGGAGCAACAAGAUCGCCGGACGUAUUCCUGCAGCGAUUGGAAAUAUGACGAACGUUGGUGUGAUCGAUUUCAGUCAAAACGAACUCGCGGGAAAUAUUCCAACCGAAGUGGGCAACCUUGUCCGGGUUGGGCGGUUCUCGUUGAGUGGUAAUGCCGCAGUGAAUGGUGUCCUGCCAGAUGAGAUGGGCGACAUGGUGAAUCUCCGCGAACUGUGGAUCCAAAACACGUCUGUUGUUGGACCAAUCCCCACGUCUUUCGGUCAGCUGAACAAGCUUGCAGUCCUUGCGUUGGACGGCAACAGCCUGUCAGGUAGCAUUCCUGAUAUCUUUGGUAGCAUGACUUCAUUGAAGGAAGUGUUGCUCCAUCACAAUGACUUGAGUGGACAAGUGCCGCUCUCUUUGUGCCAGCUGAAAGAGACUGGUAGUGUGGAGACCAUCUCGGUUGACUGCGGCAAGGUCAACUGCUUCUGUGAUUGCGAGUGUGUGGAACCGAGACCUGCUGUAAGCCGCGGAGAUGGAAACGGUAUUGACUUCAUGGCAACACCUGCUCCUUCUUACGUCUUCAACGAGUCUGGUUGGGUGCUCGGUGACCUCUACGGCAUGCUACCAAGUUUUGCACGAGAGAAUCUUGCAAAUCCCAACUCCCCUCAAGCUGAAGCGUACAAAUGGGAUCUCCAAGAUCCGGCCGCUUCGUCUCUUUCCUUGGAGCAGCGACUAUCAAGAUACGGACUGGCUGCCCUGUACUUUGCCACCAACGGUGCUUCGUGGACUGUCAACGAUCUCUGGCUCACCCACGAAAUCAGCCCCUGUGACUGGUUCUCUCAGUCCAGUACCUCGGUGUGUAACGACGACGGAAUUGUGGACAAUGUCGAUCUUGAUGAGAAUAAUCUCGAUGGCAGCAUUCCCGAAGAGGUCGCUCUUGUGGCAGCCAUGUGGGUAUUCUCGAUGAACAUGAAUCCUCGAUUGGGUGGCACAUUGCCUUCUUCGAUGGGUUCGUGGAGGAAUGCCGCUGUUAUUGAUCUCCACGGCAGUAACUUUGGCGGUCCAAUCCCAAGCGAGCUCGGGCAGCUGCCAAACCUUGCAGACCUCUUCCUCAUGAAGAACAAGUUCUCUGGAGGCCUACCGAAAGAACUUGGAAACCUUGGCUCUUUGGAACGCAUGUCUGUCGAAGGCAACAGCCUAGACGGCAUGCUUCCGACCACAAUUGGUCGGCUUGGAAAGGCAAAAGCUCUCAGCUUCCGAGAGAAUCUCUUCAACGGAAAGAUCCCUACCGAGGUGGGAGCCUUGGAUUCCAUUGCCUUCCUUGAUUUGUCCUUCAAUGCCUUCAACGGCGCCGUCCCAUCAGAGAUUGGCUCUCUGAAUGAGACAUUGACCAACUUGCUCAUCGAGUACAACACCCUGUCCGGCGAAAUCCCAAGCGAAAUUGGUCUCCUCGCGAAAGCCGAACAGAUCUCCUUCUCCAAGAAUCAAAUUGGUGGAACCUUGCCCGAGGCCAUUGGGCAAUUGGAUUCCAUCCAGUACCUGACCUUGGACAACAACAACUUGAACGGUCCUAUUCCUUCACAGCUUUGGGGUUGCAUGAAUACGUUGAGCCUUUUGGAUCUUUCGUACAACUCUUUCACGGGUGCUCUUCCUCGAGAGCUCUUCUUGGCUGGAACCGGAAGCUCUAUCGAGGGCUUCCACGUGGACCACAACCCCGGGAUCUCCGGGGAUAUCCCAAGCGACAUUGGCCUCCUCACGAGUGCCCAGACCAUCAUGAUGAGCGAAACCGGCCUUGGUGGCUCCAUUCCGUCCGAGUUUGGUUUGCUCUCCGCCAACCUUCAAUGGCUUGACCUGUCCGACACUCAAGUGGAAGGACAGCUGCCAUCGAAACUGCAUGCCAUGACUGCGUUGAAAGUCCUUCUCCUGGAGGACAACAGCGGAUUGACUGGCUCCGUCCCAUCGGACUUUGGACGCUUCAUGAACAUCGAAGAGCUAUCGAUUACCGGAACACAAAUCGGUGGCUCCAUCCCUAGCCAGCUGGGUAAUGCCAGAACCAUCACUCAGCUCUACCUAAAUAACAAUGCCCUCCAGGGACCGAUUCCGACUGAACUCGGAUUCCUGAGCAACAUGAAGCACCUUUGGUUGCAUCAAAAUAGCCUGACUGGCUCUAUGCCCCAAGAGAUUUGCCAACUCGGAUUGGAAACCUUGGUGGUUGACUGUGAAACCGUCCAGUGCAGCACUGACUGUGGCUGUACUUGUUCGGGUUCAUAGUGAUACGAUAUUUGUUUAAAAACUGAGAUACAUAGCUACAUAUUUCAUAUUGU